AUGCCGUGGACAGUCACCAAUUCAUUUAAGCGACGCGUGCAAGACGAGACGGAUGAGGCGGAAACAAACCUACAAUACGCGAUCCGCGAGUCGUCUGCCGCUGUCCUCUCGAGUCCGUCGCGACGCAAUUCGGUCGUGCUAUCAGAAGGCACCCUCGACGACAUCGACGAUCUCACCACGCCGCCCUCGUCCCCGCCACCACGAUUAACGCCGCCGCCAGCCAACGCGCGCAAGCCUACGUUCGCGUUUCUCAAGCGCAAGCAUAAUAAAGAUGUCCCCGCCGGAUCGCCGCUGACCGAGGUCAACUCCAACAGUGUGCGCUCCUCCGUCGACGAGCCCAAGCAUAAUACCAAGGCGGCCGCGCAGCAGAAGCAGCCCGCCUUGCGCCAGAUGCAGAUUGACCUGGGAAAUGAGGUGCGCAAGACCUGUGCGACGUGCGGGAUGGAGUACAUCCCAUCCAACACGGAGGAUGCGGCGCUGCACAAAAGUUCCACGAGAUGA